UCUGGAAAUUGCAAGAUAUCUUGACACGAUGUGGUCGAAUACYGUCACUUUUACUGUUUAUCUGUGGCUGCUGGUUGYCGUAGAUUUCCAAUUUGCGUAUGCCGCCCAAGAUGCCACGCACGAAGACAUCAGAACGGCAAUAUAUUCAUUUGCGCACUCAUUGCGCGAUAACGUUGAUAAAUUGGAGCGACACGAACGGCGCGAAAAGCAAUCGGGUGAUCAAAUGCAAAAUAUGCUGUUGACGAUCGUGAACAAGCAGAGGGAACAGUACGUAGAAGACAAGGAACUCGAGACGGCCAUAAAAGGAUUGGAAGAGAGUAUGAACGCAUUGACGAGAGCAGAAACAGAGGAGGCUGCCGAUAGAGAAAGCAUGAAACUUAUGUUGGAGAAAUUGGACAAGCUCAUCGUUUCCGGUGAAGCCGAGGUCGAGUCUAUGUUGAAAGCGGAACAAAAGUCCUCGAAUCAACUGUACCAGUCGUUCGACAACAAGCUGACCACUAUGUCGCAACAAAUCAGUGCGUUACAGUCCCGAUUUGAUUCUCUGCAGGAGCAGGCCCCCAAGUCCACUGUGACGAACGACGUUAUCUUUGAAUUGCUUAAUAAAUUUAUCGACCAGAGCACCCAUAACAGAGACACGGUAUCAGAACCCGCGAACGCYACGUCACAGCUGGUACAAGAGACCAGACACGUGGUCAUGGAGGCGGUCAAGUCGUUGUCGGACCGAAUGGACGACGUCGAACGGAAGCGCGCAGCGUCGGACGCCAAGCUGGUUGAAGUGGCCGAAUCAGCCACCGCGUUCCAAGACGACGUGCAGAACAGCUUCCGGUUGAUGUCGAACGAGGUGAAGACACUGUCGGACGUGGAAAAAGUUCUGGUGCAGACGGCAGACAACGUGCUGGACACGAAGCGGAGGAUCGAGUACGGCACGCACCAGAUACUGAUGGAAGUGACCGCGGUGAUCAACGACCGGUCGAAGGAGCUGAACGACUCGGUGACCGCCGGGCUGGAACGGGCGGUGAAGACAGUGUUAGACGCGCAGUCCGUGGGCAUGGCCAACCUGAGCGUGAAGAUCGAAACGGAAAUCAGCCAGGUGUGGAGGCAGAUCGGAAUCAUGUACCAGACGCUCACCGACUCGGCAUCCACGCUGGCCACGCUCCAGCAGCAAACGGACAUGUUUGUCAACAGCACGGCCACGUCGGUGGAAGGCAUGAACGGAAAGGUGUCGGCGAUCGCUGGCCGCAUGACCGAGGUGGACGAGAACCUCAACUACCUGCUUGGACGGCUGUCGCUGGUCACUCAGGAGUUCAAGGAGAUCAAAGUCGGGCUGGGCGAAGCGCUGGAGAGCAUCAGGGUCGGGCUGCAGGCGGUGCAAGGCAACAAAGCGACAGUGGACUUGGGCCCCGGUCCGAACCCCAUCGACGAAGAACCGUUGUCGGAAAACAUCAACCAAAACAUACUGUCGAAAACCGUUUACACGGUGACUUAAAUAGAUCGAAAUUAUUUUUACUAUUAUUUUUUCAACAUUAUAAUUAUUUCAUUUUCAUUUUUCUUAUUCAAUACUACCAUCGGUACGUUAAGGAUUAUUAGGUAGGUACUCUGAAUUUAUCGAUUGCAAUGAUUAGAAAUAAAAGAAAACCUUUAAAAUGUUGCGACAUUCAUUUAUAACAAAAACGUAUUCAUAUAUAAUAAUUAUAUUAACUUCAUUUUGCUUGGUCUGCAAUAAAUGAAUAAAAAUUAUAGGUAAUUAUUAAGUUUGUUUAAGAUUAUCAUAAAUUGUAAUGAUUUUUUAUUUAAGCUACAACGUAGGAUACGGUGACGAWCAGAUAAAUAUAAGUAUUAAUAGUACACCGAAUAAUGAA